AUGCGGGGAUGUGAAUGCUUGCAUGAGCCAACAGAUGGAGUGGCAGGAACGGCUAAUUUGAUUAUGAUAGUAUGCAUAUUGCCAGUUAUAUCCCUGCUUGGAAUCAUUUUAAAUUUCAUCAACAUAACAGUCUUUUCGGAUCAACGAGGAACAGCAGCCAAGUAUCUAACGGCUUUAUCAUGUAGUGACGUCGGAGUUUGUAUGGCUGGAAUAUUUGUGAUUUGCUCCGAUUCAUUACGAGCUCAUUCCUUCUUUGUUGAUCAAUUGUUUGUAUUUCUUUUACCCAAAAUUAUUCCACUCGGCUUAUUUUUUCAGAUGUUAUCAGUUUAUAUUACCGUAUUAGCUGCUUUUGAUUGCUUCGUUUCUGUCUACAGAGGAACAUCUGUAACAACAGCCAGAGGUAUAUGGGCCCCUCGUGUAUUAGCUGUAAUCGUCAUAAUCGUUGCUUUUUAUAACCUCGUACAAUUUGGAGAUUUACAAGCAAUUGAAUGUCUUCAUCCAGAUAAUUUCACUUUAUAUGAACUAUGCCCAACAGAAUUACGAGUCAGUGAAGCUUAUGUUGUUGUUUAUAAGGGUUACAUGUAUGCUUUAUCAAUGGCUUUUAUCCCCUUUGUCUUAUUAUCAAUUCUAACCGUUGGAAUUCUAUCCAUACUUCGUCGUAAUCAAGAUUCUGAAAAAAGCGAUUGUUCUGAAGCUCAAGAACAAAGUUCAACGACCGUUCUACUACUAGUCAUAUUUCUAUUCUUAGCUUGUAAUGUUACAUCCCUACUGGUUAACAUCUUCGAAAUGUUUCAUAUUACAUUGCCUGUGUCACAUGAAGCUAUUCUCAUUGAUGUUGGCAACUUUCUUGUGGUCAUUAAUGCCACUGCAAACUUCUUCAUAUACUAUCUGUCUUCCCCAGAGUACAAAUCUGAUGUUCAAAGACGAUUCAGAAGGACGAUAGGACGCUUAUCUAAGCGAAAGCCAAUAGAUUUACUUCAUAACCAUGUGGAAUAUGUUUAA